AAAGCCGGUGAACACUGUAAAAACCAUUGUUUAUCCUAGUACUUAAAAUAUGUCUCUUUUUCUCUAUAGUGUCCGAUAUCAACAUAUGAACAACUUUACCAAAGUUAUCAGUUGUUAAUAAAAUUUCCCAAUUUACUUUCAUUUAGCGUGUAUAUUCAAUUGUCGAAGACAGAUCAUAUUUACAAAUCAUUUUUCAUGAAGGUCAUAAAGGGUUAUCUCCCCUCACAUAGCAUUCUUGGCAACUAAAAAUGGAUCCACUUUUUCUAGCCUACAGUUGUUACAGAAGGAAGAAAUACCAAGAAUGUACAGAUAUAUGUACAGAGUUAUUAGAAAAGAAUCCAUAUGACCAGGCAUCUUGGACAUUGAAGACUCGAGCUUUAACAGCACAGGUUUAUGUAGAUGAAGUUGAUGUGGAUGAAGAAGGUAUUGCAGAGAUGUUAAUGGAUGACAAUUCCAUAGCACAGGUGUCCAGACCUGGAACAUCUCUCAAACAACCAGGGACAGGCCAUGGUGGUCCUAGUCAAGGAGUAAGACCAAUGUCCCAGUCAGGAAGACCGUUGUCAGGAUUUACCCGUCCUGGAACACAGGGUGGGAGACCAGGUACAAUGGAACAGGCCAUUAGGACCCCACGUACAGCACAUACUGCCAGACCUGUCACUAGUGCCUCUGGGAGAUAUGUCAGAUUAGGAACUGCUUCUAUGUUGUCAACACCAGAUGGACCUUUUAUUAACCUGGGUAGAUUGAACUUUACAAAGUAUGCCUCGAGACAGAACUUAGCCAAAUCAUUGUUUGAGUAUAUAUUUCAUCAUGAAAAUGACGUCAGAAAUGCCCUAGAGCUGGCAGCAUUAGCUACAGAAGCAUGUCAGUUUAAAGACUGGUGGUGGAAAGUACAGUUAGCUAAAUGUUAUUACAGAUUAGGAAUGUUUAGAGACUCAGAGCAGCAAUUAAAAUCAGCAUUAAAACAACAAGACAUGGUGGAUCCCUAUCUGUAUCUAUGUAAAGUAUAUCUCAGGCUUGAUCAACCUCUUACUGCUGUUGAAGUUUAUAAACAAGGAUUGGAUAAAUUUCAAGGGGAAACAACUCUAUUAACAGGAAUAGCUAGAAUUUAUGAGGGUUUAAAUGAGAUGGAAAAUGCAGUUAAAUUUUAUAAAGAUGUUUUAAUGUAUGAUAGUAUGCAUGUUGAAGCCAUAGCUUGUAUAGCAACACACCAUUUUUACACAGAUCAACCAGAAGUUGCACUGAAAUUUUACAGACGAUUACUACAGAUGGGUGUAUAUAAUGCAGAAUUAUUCAGUAAUUUAGGACUAUGUUGUUUUUAUGCUCAGCAAUAUGAUAUGACACUAACAUGUUUUGAGAGGGCCUUAUCUUUAGCAGAAGAACAGACAAUGGCCGAUGUUUGGUUUAAUAUUGGACAUAUUGCCUUAGGUAUUGGAGAUAUGAAUCUUGCCUACCAAUGUUUUCGCCUGACUUUAGCCAAUAAUAACGAUCAUGCUGAAGCCUAUAACAAUUUAGGUGUUUUAGAACUGAGGAAAGGCCACAUAGAUUUGGCAAGAUCAUUUUUCCAGGCAGCUUUUAUAAUAUCUCCACAUAUGUAUGAACCACAUUAUAAUUGGGCCGCUUUAGCAGAUCAGUUGGGAGAUUUACAGAGCAGUUAUAAUGCAGCUAAGAGAGCGGUGGAUGCGUUCCAAGACCAUGUUGACUCAAAAGAUUUAUUAAAGCAACUGAAACAUCAUUUUUCAUUACUGUAACAUUAGUGUCAGAAUAAUCUUCUACUGUGAUAUAUUUAAUAAGUUUAUGAAAUGGAAAUGACAGACUUGGUUUACAAUUGUUAUGUAUGUUUUUUGUACUUGUUGUAGUAUUAAAUUAAAUCUCCUCUUUCUAUAUAUUGUUAUUUAUCCGUCCCUGACACACCAUAAUUGGGAAUUUAUAUGUUGUAAAAAUAGUUGAGAACUCGCCUACAGAUUUCAGGUAAGGGGAAACAUUAUCAAAUUGCAUAUUUCUUGUUAAAUAUCCUUAUGUAAAUACUUGAAGUUAAAAUAUUUUUGAUGAAAUACAGUAGAAGCUGUCUUAUCUGAACUAAUUUUGAAAUAAAAACCUCAUUAAUUUA